AUGAAAAAAUUGCAAAAUGGAAUUGUUGGAAUUGAUUUUGGAGGAUCACACUGUAGGGCUGCCGUUUACAUUAAAGAUCACAUUGAAUAUAUUCCCAAUAAAUUCGGUAAAUACGAAACUCCAACUUGUUUGGCCUUUCUAGAUGAAUCAUCAUCAUCAUCAGUAUCGGAAAGUAAAAUAUUAAUUGGACAAGAGGCUUUAGAAUAUAGUUUAGUGAAUCCUCAUUGUUGUUUCUGGGAUUUUAAAAAAUUAAUUGGAAAAACAUUUCAUGAUGACGAUGAGUUUAGUUCACAAGAGAGGAGAUGGCCAUUCAAAAUUAUUCGAAAGGAGGAUGGAACUAUUCGAUUGGGUGUUAUUAAUGGUGAAUUAUCGAUAUCUGAAAUGAUUGGAUUGAUUUUGAAAGAAUUGAAGCAAGAUGCUGAAAGAUAUUUGAAUACUUUAGUUACAGAGAUUAUUGUGUCAAUUCCAAAUUAUUAUUCGAAUUGUCAGAGAAUUAUAAUGAAAAAAGCUGGCGAGUAUGCUGGCCUAAAAAUUGCAAGAUUCAUACAUGACACCUCUGCAUCUUGUUUCCAAUAUCUUUGGAAGGAACAUGGAGAGAGGAGGGUUUUCCUAUUUGACUUGGGAAGGAGUGGAUGUUCUGCAUCGAUAAUGAUUGUAGAAAGUGACAUUUUUGAGACUAGAACGAGUGAAGGAUUCUCUAAUGUUGGAGGAUCAUUAUUGGACGAAAGUCUGGUUAAUUAUUGUUGUGAACAAUUUUACAAAUCAUUCAAAAAACAUUUACAAGAAAAUCCAAUUUCAAUGAGGAGACUGAAUUUGGCAUGUGAAGAAGCAAAGAAGAGACUUUCGAAUGAAUUAGAAACAAAAAUCAGUCUUGAAUCUCUUAUGGAUGGAAAUGAUUUUGAGAUUACAAUAAGUAGAUCACUUUUUGAAGAAUUGAAUAUUGAGUUUUUUAGAAAAUGCAUGAAUUUAGUGACAAGAGUUCACACAAGAUCAUUAAUUACAAAGCAAGAGAUUGAUCAUGUGAUUUUUGUUGGUGGAGGAGGUGAAAUUCCAAAACUAAAAGAGCUAAUAUCUAACUAUUUCGGUAAAACUCUCUAUCCUAAACCUCUUUUACCAUACGAGGUUGCAUUUGGAGUUGCAUUUGAAGGAGGGAUAUUGGGAGGUUUCGAACAGGAAUGCCUUAUCAUAGACACAACCAGUCGACCAAUUACAUGUGAAAUGGAAGGAAAUAUGUUAACUAUAUUUCCUACAGAGGUUUCGAUUCCAUGUAUUAAGGUGUCUCAGUUGUUAAUUUCAGAUUCAAUAAUGGAAAGGAAAACAUUUCAAAUUAAAAUAUUUGAAGGGGAUAGACCAGAAUCUAGAGAGCUUAUUGGAAUUGCAACUAUUGAUAUUGGAAUUGAUCUUACAAGCAACAGAUUAGAAACCAGAUUUGAAUUUGAUGUUAAUGGAAUCCUAUCUAUUAUGCCAUUUUCCAACACAUUAAUCAAAAGUAAUUGGAAACACAUAUCCUCGUGUUGA